GCAAGAAGUGAUGAAGAUGGUGAAGUGUAAGAAGGUUAGGCACCGCGGUCGCAAAGGACAAAAGGAGAAACCCAAGUUUCGAGAAACUUGUAUGCAAAGAAACCUCGGGAUCCUUCGCAGGAUUGUACCAGGCUGUGAAGAGAUCGAAGACGAGGAAGCCUUGUUUCUCAAGUCAAUUCAGCAUCUCUUGCUUCUCAAAUCUCAGGUUAAUUUACUUAAAAAGCUAGCUGAUGUAUGUGGAGUCUAAUUAAAAGAACGUAAGUUCUCAAGUUGUUUAUGCAUUACAUUAUAAGAUCAAGCGAGAGAGACAUAAGAAAACAGAGGAGGGGAUAAAGUAAAAUUACACAGAGAAAAACGAUGAACAAGGCGAUGAAUUUUUUUAGUUUUUGUUGUAGAAAGUGAGAGCGUAAUUUGUACUUAAGGAGGAAGAAGAGAGAGUGAGCAUGUGUUGGAUCGUUGUGACCCAUGUCUUGUAACGAUUGUAAUCGUCGGCCAUGUCUAACUUGAUAGCUCCUCUGUUCGUCCUCAGGACAAUGAGAUAACAAGUGUCCUC